UGUGCUAAUUUGAAUAUGUUACAUAUAGAUAACGGAAACGGAAAGUUGUAUAAAUUAGUAUUGAUUCGAAAGGGCAAAAUCACAGCGAUAAAAGCAGAACCGGCGCCGGUUUUAAAUGUGGCUGUUAUUGGAGCUGGAACAUCGGGGUUAGUGAGUGCAAAAUAUGCACUGGCUCAAGGUUACAAUGUGACAGUUUACGAACAGGCUGAACAAUUCGGCGGGAUUUGGUGGUACACAGACAAAACCGGCAAAGAUCAAUAUGGUCAAAAUGUCCAUUCGGCGAUGUAUCAAGGGCUUAGAACGAAUUUGCCACACCAAGUAAUGGAAUUCAACGAUCAUCCCUAUCCCAACGGAACCAAAUCGUAUCCAUCACAAGCCGAUGUCCUGAAAUACCUUCACUCAUACGCGGAUCGUUUUGAAAUCAAGAAACACAUCAAGCUCAGCCACUUGGUUAUCCGCGUUCUUCCAAUCGAAAAUGACAAAUGGGAAGUGAUCGUGAAGGAUUUGCCAAACGACAAAUUCCAGACACUGAUCUAUGAUGUCGUUUUUGUUGCCAACGGUCACUUUGCUUCGCCACGUUAUCCAAGCAUACCCGGCCUUGAUGAAUUCAAAGGGCAAACACUGCACAGCCAUGAUUAUCGAAGCCGUCAAAGUCUGAUGCCACCAAAAACUACACUUCAAGAUAAUGUCAAACGUUUUACACCAACCGGCGCUGAAUUCAUUGAUGGCACCCACGAAACAUUCUCUUUGGUGAUUUUUGCAACAGGCUACAAUUUCACGUAUCCAUUUUUGAGCGUUGACACUGGCAUCACCGUGGAGGAAAAUACUGUUUUGCCACUGUACAAGCAAGUCUUUAACAUUGAACAUCCCACGAUGAUUUUCAUCGGCAUACCAUUUACAGCUUGUACCACUCAAAUCUAUGACUUGCAGGUGCGAUUCGCAAUGAAAUUCCUUACGGGUGAAAAACAACUGCCAUCGAAGUCGGACAUGUUGACCGAUAUGCAAACUCAAAUGCAAAAGCACUGGGCCAAAGGCUAUGGCAAGCGUUACACUCACUGUCUGGGCGUUGAGCAGAAUGAAUAUAUCAAGCAACUAGCUGAAACAGCCAACGUUGAACCGAUUCCAAAAGUUAUGCCCGAUAUGCAUUUCGAUUCGCGCGAAUCUAUGAAAAAGGGCCCAUCUCAGUUCCGCAAAUUCAAAUACAUCAUCAUCGAUGACAAAACAUUUAUCAAGGAGCGAGAAGAAGAGUAAUAUACGCACAAAGCAAAGAGAAAUAACGAAAUAAAGCUGUGACAUUGGAGAAGUUAUUAUCAAUUUAAAGUUGU